AUGGCACCCAGCACGUCCCAGUUGCCAUCGCGGUUUCCAUGCUGGUGUCGAGCCGUCUAUUCAUGGGGAGGAGAGACAACACGGGACUUGGGGUUUGUGGAAGGUGAUUUGAUCGAAUGCCUCAAUGCGGGAGACGGGCAAUGGUGGAUGGGUCGUUUGCGCCGUGAUAAGCGGGCGGUUGGACUCUUCCCCUCCAACUUUGUUGAGCUCAUGAGUGAAGACUUUGUGCCCAUCAGCCGUGAUACCAGUCCAAUGGUUCAAGCAGGAUCUUCGCCAAUCAACAAUCCAACGUCGGCACCUAAAAAAGCAAAGACCGUUUUUCGCAAACCGUUCCAGGCGCAUAAGGAAGCCCUCUCCCCAGCCUCAAACCUGGCUCGCAGCAGAUCGAAUACCCCAGUCAAGAGUUCUAUUCCACAAACACCACCUCGAGAUGGUGGUACCCCCCGAAGCGUCAAACCUCUGCGUACCCAUGCGUCAGCGGUAAAAAAUCAAGGUUCCAUGUCAUCUCGGCCUUCAUCUGUCUCUUCCCGACCUUCCUCUCGCGGCAUUUCACCACGCGCAUCCAUGGAACCCGAACGGUCACCAUCUGCAACAAUGCCACGCGGUAGCAUAUCAUCGUCGCGUCCUUCGUCCCGCGAAGUCUCCCCAAUGCUUCGGGAGGCUUCUCCGAUGGCUCACGAAUCCUCCCCGGUGUACUAUCAAACUCCCCAGCCGCGCCGCGAACCCUCUCCAUUGCCGCAUCGCGCGCCUUCCCCAAUGGGCCAUCGCGCCGUUUCGCCUGCGCCUAAUCAUGCAGUGUCACCUAUUUCUUAUCAUACGCCAUCUACUAUGCCCCACCGGGCAGCCUCUCCAAUAUACUAUGACGACUCCCCCAGACAUCGAGAGGUGUCACCAAUGCCUUAUCAUCCGCCGCCUACUACGCAUCAUAGGGCAGCUUCUCCAUUGUAUUAUGAAGACUCUCACAGGCAUCCAGAAGUCUCGCCAAUGCCUGAUCGUGCAGUAUCACCGAUGCCCUACCAUGCGCCAUCUACCAUGCCUCAUCGAGCAGCCUCUCCAAUGUACUAUGACGAUCCUCCCAGACACCGCGCAGUUUCGCCGAUGCCGCAUCGUGCCGUCUCACCAAUGCCCCGAGAAGCCUCCCCCAUGCAAAUGCAAGAACGCGAAGAUUCUCCUCCUCCUCCCCCUCCCCCUCCACAUCGAGUCGCUGUCAACCGUCCUCGAUCCCACUCGCCUCAGCCGCCUAUGCACGCCACGCCACAACCCCAGCGCUUACUACGCUCCCCACACCCCCCAGCACUUUCCCCUGGGCCUUCGCGCUCUCCCACUCCAUUGAACAUGAAUGAUCGUUACGUGAUAUUCACUCGUACCCCUUCACCGGGGGCAAUGUCGGCACGUUCGGGAGUUUCAGCCCAAUCAGAUGCAAUGGGCAAUACUCCAUCUCCAUUAAGAGACGCUAUGGAGGAUGUUAUGACUUCAUUAGAAGAUAUGGGUUUGUCACGGGAUCCUCCUUCACCAUCACCGCAUCACCCUCUCUCGCCUUCCCCACGCCAUGCACGUUCGCCGUCUCCUCCGCCAGCAUUCAACAACCCCUGGUCUGCUGAUGCGUAUGAAGAUAUGAAUGAUAGGACGCCACCAGCAAACAGACCUCGACCAUUGACUUCCCUUGGCUUUGAUGGGAACAAACAGCCACCGGUUCACCGCAACAGCGUCUAUUCCCAUGAUCAUAUGGACGGCCCGCCUCAAUUGAAUAACUAUGUCCAACGCAUGGAGAGCCGUCUUCGACAGCUUGAAUCUCAAAAUCGCCCGCCCGAGGAUGAAGAAACAGGAGGAGACGAGCCUCCUCCGCCACCCCCAAAACAUGCCACCCAUUAUCCGCGCCACAAUUCUAUCCCUGCUCAGUAUCCGCACUUGAGCGACCGUAGGUCUGGAAAAGAUCUCAGAAAUGACCGAUUGAACCGAACGUUCACGAACAAGUCCAGUGCUACAAACUCUAGUGGAGUGCAAAGCAUUGGAACCAAUCAGACUUCAGGUACGGACAAAACGGGUCAGAGCGUCAUGAGUGGGUUUUCCGCUGGGGGCUUUAGUGCGACUAGCGCCGGGAGCUAUGCGAGACGAAAUGGGGCAUACCAGAGACCGAACACCGCUAUGGAUACAGUUCGAUCUCGUGGCUUCAGCGAUGCGGGACACAGGGAUAGGCCGGAAUCGCCUAUGACAGGCAUAUCUUAUCACUCAAGCCACAAUACUUCUCGCCAGGGGGCCUCAUCAGCGAUUCCGUGGUCGUCCAAUGACAACGAUGUGGGCGAUGCCGGUGGAGUAUUUGGUGGUCUUUCCACACCAAAGACUAAGAAACAGGGAUUUUUUAAGAAGAUCUUUGAAUCAGCCAAGACGGGUGCUGCAAGUGCUCGAAGCAGUAUUUCUGUCGGCCAUAGCUCCCCAUCUCCCACGAAGGGUAACAGGGUAGUUGAUGUUGUAUCACCACUCCUUACCUCUCACUCACAUCGUGACACACCGCGUGACACUGAUGUCAACUCAAGCGCCAUUGACUGGGUUCAAGUUCGCCGCGAUGUCAACCGAGCAUCAUCUCCAAGCCGAAACGAGAGAAUAGAAAGGGCUGAACGGUGUCAGAUGAUGGACCAUCCUGUCAUAUACGCCGUCGAGGAGUUGCAUGAUACCGCAGAGGGUGACGAAAGCAUUGAUGGCUUGCCGGUUACCGACCCUGCGAACUUCAACUCCGGGAACUUGACCUUGGUCGACAAGAGUGCGCGCUUCAUUAACAGCGUUCCGCCAACGACAAAUCCCGUAAGCCUCGCCCAAGGCUACAUUUGUCGGCCUUAUAAGAGUGACGUCCAGCGUCUCCGCGCAAUUUUUACGUGGGUCAGCGAAAAGAUUGCGUGGGAGGAACCUGUUGAUGGCCUCGAGGUAGACAUGAAACGAGUCUUGCACGCUAAACGCGGCAGCCCUCAGGAGAUCGCUAUUCUAGUUAAUGAUAUGUGCGCUGCAGUUGGUCUUCAUGCAGAGGUCAUCCAUGGGUUCUUGAAGACUCCUGGCAAUGCCCUGGAUCUGGAAAGCCUCUCUCGCCCUAAUCAUUGGUGGAAUUCAGUUCUUGUUGACGGGGAGUGGCGCUUCAUGGACUGUGCAUUGGCGAACCCUACUAACCCUCAGAGAGGCCGCUUCGUCACCAUCAACUCCUCGGUGGCAGAAAGCUGGUAUUUCCUUGCCCGACCACUCGACCUUUGCUAUACCCACAUUCCUCUCUACCCCGAAGAACAGCAUAUAUGUCCCCCAGUCUCGCCGGAUGUCCUGUUGGCGCUGCCAACUGUGUGCCCACAGUACUUCAAACUCGGGGUUCAAUUUCCAGAAUAUGAUACCAGCCUCCUUCAGCUUGAGGGAUUGGAGUGCAUGCAACUCUGCCUUGUAGUCCCUCCGGACGUUGAAUGUGCUGCCGAGGUCGAGGCCCCCGCGUUUGCCUGUGACGCUGAUGGCGAUUACUUUGAAAGUGGUGACAUUGUGCGCAAGCGUGCUCUCGUACAGCCGGACUGGGUCCGUGGCCAAAAACGCAUCACUAUCAAGGCUGUCCUCCCAGGCGACGAAGGACAGGGUGUACUCAAAGUGUACGCUGGCAAGAAGGGUCUCAUGCAUUCCAGCAAAGACAUCCCGCAUCCGCUGGCCCUUGCCGUCCCUAUGCUGCACACUGGAGAGAACCCACCUUACGACUUUGUGCUGCGUCAUCCUACACCGCAUGCGCAGCGCCAUGACCUAUACAUCAUGCAGCCCCAGUGUUCCCGACUGGCAGUUAAUAAUACCUUUGUCUUUGCGGUUCGCCAGCAUCCUGCUUCACCCCAACCCCAGUCUAAGGAUGAAAACCCAAUAAACGGCCGUGCCUCCCCUUCAGUCUUUAAUCGCCCCUCCAGUGCGAUGAGUAUGGUAUCAAGUAUUGCCGGUACAUCUACCGUAUCAAGCAAUUCGAAUGAGUUCUCGGCGUCCACUUCUGCCAUCUCUUCCACCCGCGGCAAUGGGCGUGAUAAACCAGCCAAACUGGCCAUUCAGUCCCCAUCUGGCAAGAUCAUGCGUCUUACCCGCAAGGCUGAGCAUAUGAUCGCCCCGGAUAACCCCUCUGACUCUCUCAGGGAUGCUGCAGCCGAGGGCAGCGUAUGGGAGACGGUGAUCAAGAUUGGCGAACGUGGAACCUGGCGUGGGCUGGUCCUUGCUGACCGAGUAGCACGGUGGUGUGUCUUCUGCGAGUGGGAGUGUGUUUGA